CUCUUACUUUCUCUUAAUACGCUACUUGAACGGAGGAUAUUUCCUUAACACAUCGUCGUAUAAAGAUCUUAAACAAUCAUUUAUUCAGUAGUAGUACGCACUACAAAUAGGCACGGUAUAUUAUGAUAUUUUUCUUUAUAAACGCACAAUGUUUCCACAGGACCUAAGAGUUGAUAGAAUGCUAGGUAAAACUGUUCGUUUUACUUUAGAUAGUAACACAGUAUAACACAGUAUAACGCAGCAGAAAGUAUAAGAGCUUUAAACAUUCAUAACAUGAGAAACGAUUCGAGCAUGAACAACGGCCAGCAAGAUUAGGUUUUGUAACUCUCAUUAUCAGACAAUCUUCAAGUUGGUGGAAAUUAAUUACUAGAAACAACCUCUUCUAUUGUUCUUUUGUAUUAUCAAUUCACUGUUCAAGAACGUAUGUACAGAUCGAGAGAAAGAUUAUUUAACUCUACAAAGAAUGCUUCUCCACAUUGGUUUUUUAAUCUCAAGCAUUUUCAUGUUUCGUUCUAUUUCUCUCCCUCUAUCUCUCUAUCUCCCUCACUGACUAAAACACCUAUCCAUUGCCAUUAGUUUAUUGUUAUCAUACCCCUUACACAAUCAACUACGAUUAUGAACGUAAGUGUGGUUGUCGCUUUGCUGAUAAAGGGGGUUCGUCCGGAAAAAAAGAACCCUUCCCAUUCAUCUUCUUUCGGUCGACCUAAAGUGUCAUCGAACGUUACUAUCCAUGCGAAAGGAUCUCACCAGAUGGAACCGGCCGGAUGGAUGGAUGGAUGGUUUGAAAGGAUGUGAUGCAUAUGCUAAAAAUAGAAUAUUGACAAUUUCCGAACCACGAAGAAGGGUGAAUGAUGUGACCCCAGCCAGUCCAGUGUAGAAGCAUAUUGCAUUGCAUUACAGUAACUGGAUUAUUGGAGCGGUGCGAAUACUCGCCGGUGCGAACAAGGAUGGAAAUCAUCACUACAUAGGAAUGGAGCACUAAAAUGAGUACCCAUUUGGUUGCACCUUUUGUAACCUACUGCCCGGUGGUACCCGGUGUAGGUGGGUUGAGUUGCUUUCUGUCCUGAAGCGCCCGGAAUGGGUGGAAAGAUAUCUUUCCUGCGCUACAUAAAAGGACACCUGAACAAAACGGGAUUGAGCAAACCUCAUCGUCCUAUUGUGUGUCUUGUUCUGCAAUUGAAUUUCAAGCAAAAAACUGCUUGUACCAUUAUUGCAUGCAUACUAUGCCGAAUGGUCAAUGGACAGGUGUUGUACCGAUAGAAAUCGAGUGUUCGCAUAGUUGACAAUUUUAAUUGGCAUCAUGUUGCUCGGUUCACAUAUGCUUUCGUUAGUUUUGCCGAACGAAAUUUCCAAAUGCAGAAAUGAAAUUUCUUUCUGGAAAUGAAAAAAAGUUCUACGUACGCCUUUAGUGUGCAAUGAAACGGAAAAUUAAAAUUGAACAGAAGUGAAGUCAUUCUUUGAAAUUCAUAUCAGUUCUAUUCAAUGUUAGAUACAAUGUUGGAAUUGUUGUUACGCUAAUUAACCUUAUGCAAUUGCAAAACUCAUAAGAUUGAUUGGUUUUGAAAAUUUUGACCCAAAAAACCAUUUCCCAACUCCUCUGACAAAACAAUUUCUUUAAAUGAAUAUUAAUGUUGCUAUUAAGCUUUGGAUGAGCGAAAAAAAAAUCUUCCCUUUUUAUCUUUCCCCUGUUGUUGGCCAAAAUCGGAUGACGUUGCCGUUAAAAGCAUCACUUUGUAAUCCCUAAAAAUAUCGCAGGUCAUUUGCUCGCGAAAUACUUUUCACACCUUCACCCGUCGGCACGGUUCCGGGAACGCGCAUCAGCCGUAUGAUUUAAUCACAGUACGACGAUAGCAGGAAGUGGAUUUAUAGCAAUAAUAACAACAGCAAAAAAUCUCAGUUCAUCCCCACCGCUAAUCCCUCGCUAUCCAACACGCUCCGAUAUUGCGGUGACACAAACGAACCGGAAAAUCAGGUCGUCACCGUAGGUGGGUUAUAGAGACCGCUACCAAGAAACGUUCUGGUACCGGGCCGUGCGUACAUGCUACCGAGCUUGAAGUUUAUUGUUCUCGCUUUAUUGUCUGAUGUUGUCCGUGGGUUCAUAAAACACGCUGCACUCCGUGACGACAUUCUUGCUGCGUAAAUGAAAGGACCAAAUUCGUUAGACAUUUCUUUGUAUUCCUAACAAGCGGAUGGGAUAGUUCAUAGACUAAAUAUUGUAUUGUGGUUGCUUUCAUAAACAUUUAAUAAAUAUUCAAAACAAAAAGAUGGAAUUUAAACCUUUGAUUUCAACAGUAUUUGAAUUGUGCAGCACUACAACAUAUUUCAAUCUGAUCAAUAUUAAAAACUUUCACAUGACAUCAACCAAAUGAGGUCGAUCAUCAACCAACAGAAUAAAACUUCAAUCGGAUUUAAUUAUUAUUGAAAGUACAGAUAAGUAUUUCAUCGAAACAGUUCAACCAGUGAUUCACACAAUUUGAAGCCUCGUUUUACAAUCCAUGAUAAUCCUUCGAGAGUGUGUUAAUUUUUCUCAUUACCACAAAAAAUCCCACUGAAAAGCACCGGCAAGUGGUUAUAAAGAGCAACUUUCGCAUUAUGGUUUGUUUUUUAAAACCUUUAGUUGAACCAACACGUCAAAUUGUUACACAUAUUUGACUGACAGUUUUUCCAAGUUAUUUGAAGCAUUAAGUUAUUACAUAUCAUAACAACUGUGCCUCACAUAUUCUUAACUUUGUUUUUAUUCUUCCCAAAGGACAUUUCAGUAAACGCGGCAUGGCAUGCAUUUAAUUGCUUCUCUUAUUAAUUUGUUCAUCCAUAGUGAAAAGGCAUACAAAGGGACGUUCGGCGGAAAUAUAAUUUACGAUUCAAUGUGUGGCCGCUGCUAUUGACAUUCCGGGCAAAUAUUACGAUAUUCCGUUCGUUGUAUUUUCUGCUGCUUUCCCGGAAUGAUCGUUAUUUAAAAUCAUUUUUAAGCAUGUCGCCUUUUCAUAACAAAAGCGAAAAAUCAAACGUGAUGCAUUCCAGUGUAAAAAGGGUUUGUCGGUUUUUUCUUCUUUCUCUUCUGAUGAUUGCAUACGUGUUACCGGUGGCAAUUCAGUUAAUGAUGGGGGUACAAUUUCCAUUUUCCGAUUUCAAUGUAAUUUUCUCCAUCAUUUUCAAUACACCGGUGGGCGGAAAUCGGCUUUCCCGGCUGCUUAUUGGAAUUUCCACAAAGCCACAACGGACGUUGCAGUUUAUUAGCAAAUAUUUAAUUAACAUGCUUUUAACGAUCCGCUGGAUACUUCGUGCAGGUCGAAAUAAAAACAUGCGUGAAUGAAGUUUUUUUUACUUUUUAUUAGGUAAUUUCCUAUUUACCUUUCAACAACAGGAGAAACUAUUCCAUAAACUACACGCACGGGGGUUUUUUUGUAUUGUAAAUUGCUUCCUUGAAAUUUACAGCGUGUUGCAUACUUCGGAAUCGAUUAUUAUCUCCUACUAUCAGUACAACUGUUCAAAUAAAUAUCUGUAAUUAAAAGCCCCAGGAAAAACUGUGUAUUGUGAAUCAGAAAAAAUAAUUUAGUCACUAAAAGUAUACGCUUAGUCGUGCAUUAUGCAUAACAAACCAUUACCACCUACGGUAUUUGUGUCACUUUAUUAAAAACGUUAAUUAAAAAUCAUUAUUUCAUCAACUAGUUUUAUCGCAUUCAAAUCACCAACCACAUUUUAUUCCGCACAAUCAUCCUUUGUGUAACCGUACGCACAUUUCUGUAACAAUUAUUCCACCUUUCAUUUAUCGAAUGAAUGGAAACAAUUCAACAAUGAAAACAAACAUUUUUCUAUAUUUCCAGCAUUGAGAUUGGCAGUAGUGUCGGUGGUGGUUGAAAAACAAAAAAAAACGUACGAACAAAACAUCAAAGCACCUUUGUUUGAUAACGCUAAAGCUUCAGUAGAAAGCGUACAGCUCCCAACACCCUGAUCGGCUUUACUGAGAUAGUGUGCGCAUCAGGCCGUCGACAUCACCCGAACGAAAAACCACACCCCAACACCGACGAUUCGGAAUUUUCGAUGCAAAUUCGGUAACUUGCUAUUCAAAAUUUACUGCCAGCCUCAGUUUUAGUCCGUACGCCUUAUAGGGCUUCACCGUUCGAAAUUUAUCCAUGUCGGAAACGGAAUAUGUUUUGAUCGUAGGAAAAUAUUUCAGUAAUCAAAACAUUAGCAAACGAUCAACGUAAAUACGUGAUGAUGCGGUUGUUACUACCGGUGUUCAUUACAUUGAUGGAUGCAGAAGUUGAUUGGAAUCGGUGAAACACGAUCAUCAUAGCGAAGCGAAGCAAACAUACGCGAUCCCAACCGAUCUUUCUGCUAGGGGUGAAUCCGUAGGACAAAACCCUGCAAGAGACUUUGCAAUUCGAUCGACACCAUUAUUAGCAUCACCAACCACCAACUUCGAACCGCUCCACUAUCAAUACGAUCACCUACAAGCCCUAGACCAUCUGAACAUCAUCAAAACGAAUACAAAGAAAUCCCACAACUUCCUCAUCUUCCAGUAUAGGCCGUAGAUAUGAACCAUGGCAAAACUGCGCCAUUACAGGACCAUGACGGCGAUAUGCUUUGUCUGCAACCUGCCUAUCAUGUCUCACCAAGUGGGACUGGUAUGGCAGGGUGGAAACGGUUGGGACGAUUUGGUCCGAGAGCAGGUCGAAGAGUCCACCAUCCGACAACGGUUAGGAGGACGACGAGACUCUGCAGCACAGAUAUCUGGUGCCUCACCUCCUAGUACCUCACCACCUCCCGGCGCUCAACGACGACGACGCAGUUCUCUCGCCCAGCUUACCGACAUCCUGCGCGAAUGGAGCGGUGGUGGCUCCAAACGGCAAAAGGCACCACUAAACAGGCGCGAAACACUAGCCGAUCUGGCUCGCAGCUUGCCCUGGAACAAAGCCACUACGGCCGAAACGUACAACAAUCAGAACAAUUCGGGCCAUGCACCGCCGCUACGGAAGCGACGCGAGUCGAGUGCAGAU